AUGAAGGUCAAGGACAAGCUCUUUACCAAAAGAAAAUCAAUAACUGUAAAGUGGUUUGGUUGUUCUAAUUAAUUCACAAUUUAGAUAAAUCAGUCAUCAUGAGGAUAAGAAGAUUAUCUGCAGUGUUUUGGACAACAUGCAUUUUGGCAUUCCUAUUUAUACUUUAUGUCGUGACAGACCUGAGCUUUAAACUCCCCAGUAUAAGGCCUGCUACUCAAGAAAUAGAUGAUAUUAAAUGGUCCAACUUUGAAUCAAAGCUUCGUCACAUAGAAGAAGAGCUUAACCAACACCAUGCAGUCGUGGGUGAGAUCAAGUCUGCAGUCGACCAGAUGGUAGUCCAGUCAGAAUACCAUCCUCCUCAAGUUAGACCGAAAGUGGAACCCUUGAAGAAUGAACACCAAGAGUCGAAGCACCUCAAGAUUGACCGCUGGGAACCCAAGAUUAGGGAAUUCAAAGCAGUUGGUGAUGAGCCCCCAAGAAUGCGUUUGAAAUUAAAUAUGUCAACAUGCCCAAUAGAUUUACAAAACACACCGAAAACAGAUGUACAGAUGCUUACCAUGUAUGACAGGAUAACUUUUGAUGAUAAAGAUGGUGGAGUUUGGAAGCAGGGCUGGAACAUAGAAUACAAUGAAAACCAGUGGAACUCCAGGAACAAACUGAAAGUUUUCAUUGUGCCCCACUCACAUAAUGACCCAGGAUGGCUGAAAACCUUUGAGAUUUAUUACAAAACUCAAACCAAGGCCAUAUUUACGAACAUGGUUGAAAAAUUGGCCCCUGCCGGCAGAAAAUUCAUUUGGGCAGAAACCAGCUACUUAUCACUCUGGUGGACUACGGAUGCAACUGACAAAGAAAAGGCUGCUUUCCGAGAUUUAUUGAAGUCCGGCAAAGUGGAAAUAGUGACCGGAGGGUGGGUGAUGAAUGACGAGGCCAAUUCUCACUGGCUGUCGAUCGUGCAGCAGCUGGCCACCGGCCACCAGUGGCUGCUGGAGAACCUCGACUACACGCCCCGGAACGGCUGGGCCAUCGACCCCUUCGGACACUCCAGCUCCCAACCAUACUUGUUGAAACUAGCAGGAAUAGAAAACUCAGUAAUACAGAGAGUGCACUACAGGAUCAAGAAAGAGUUGGCACUAAACAGGCAGUUGGAGUUCAAAUGGAGACAGCUUUGGGAUGGUGCCGGGAAGACUGACUUGUUUACACAUAUGAUGCCUUUCUAUUCUUACGACGUGCCUCACACCUGCGGACCCGAUCCGAAGGUGUGCUGUCAGUUUGAUUUCAAAAGACUACCAGGCAGUGGAUUGACGUGCCCCUGGGGCAUCCCGCCCAAGAGGGUUAUUGACAAGAACGUCGAGGAGAGGUCGAGCUUGAUCGUGGACCAAUGGCGUAAGAAGGCUCAGUUAUAUCGCAGCAAUGUAGUACUGGCCCCGCUGGGUGAUGACUUCCGAUACGACCGCGCUACUGAGUGGGACCAACAGUUCACCAACUACGAGGCCCUCAUCGACCACAUCAACGCCAACGAGCGAUACCACGCUGAGAUACAAUUCGGAACGCUCCAAGACUACUUCAAGGCGGUGCACGCGGAGACGAAGCUGUCCGAAUUCCCCGCGCUGUCGGGCGACUUCUUCACGUACGCGGACCGCAACCAGCACUACUGGAGCGGAUACUACACCUCGCGGCCCUUCUACAAGAACAUGGACCGGGUGCUGCUUUCAUAUGUCAGGGCUGCGGAGAUGAUCACCGCGCAAGCAGAGUGGGGGGCAGCCGCGGGGAUAGAUCUGCCGGUAGUGAAGCGAUUGCAGCUGCGGGACCUCGUGGAGGCAGCGCGGAGAUCAUUGGCUCUGUUCCAGCAUCACGACGGCAUCACUGGCACCGCCAGGGACCAUGUGCGGGAAGAUUAUGCCAACAAAAUGUUGACGGCGAUCAAGCACUGCCAGUCGGCGAUCCAGCAGGCCGCGUACCACCUGCUGCAGCAGCCUGCGCUGACGCAGCAGGCGCAGGACGACCUGUACCUGGACGUGGACGACGUGUGGAGGAACAACGACCAGCUCCCCGCCAGGAUCACCAUCGCGCUCGACGCGGUCUCCUCCACCAGGAGGGUGGUGCUCUACAACGCGCUCGCUUUCAGGAGGAGGGAGAUCGUCACGCUCACGGUCUCCACGCCGCAUGUCGAGGUGUUCGACCCGUCGGGCAGCCCGCUGAUGGCGCAGGUGUCGCCCUUAGUAUCAGGGGAGCAGAGGCUCGGGUUCGCGCCCAACAAGUUCCAGCUGGCGUUCCCCGUCGAAAUACCGGCCCUGUCGCUCGCUACCUACACCAUCUCACUAAGGGACGCGAUGGCCAUCAACAAGUACACUUCGUACGCGCGCAUACGUAUCUACAACGCGGACUACUGGUCCGUGGAGCUGCCGCGCAUGUUCCCCGUGACGCAGGCCGCGGCCCGGCUACAGGAGGACGUGGCUAUAAGCGUGGCCGGGGCCGGGGCCACGAGCGGGGCCGGGGCCGGGGCCGGCAACAACACGGGCCGGCUGGUGGCCACGCCGCAGGGGAUGCUGAAGGCGAUGGUGACGCCGCGAGGCACCACCGUGCCCCUGCAUAUGGAUUAUGUGCAGUACUCGUCCCAGAAGUCUGCGGACAACAACAGCGGCGCCUACCUGUUCAUGCCGGCGGGCAGCGCGACCCCGCUGUCCCUGGCGCCCUACCCCGAGCUGGUGACCCUCGAGGGGAUAUAUGUGGCCGCCAUGCAUACCGCCCUCACCGCCAACAACGCCGCCAAUAUUAUGCUGACCAUGAGUAUAAGCAGCUACCCUGGCGUAGAAGAACCUUGCGUGGAGAUCAGCAACACGAUUCUGAUCGACUCCCGCGUCGACGACAUAGAGGUGGCAUUGAGGCUGGCCACUACCAUACAAAACGGCAACGAGUUCUACACUGACCUCAACGGGAUGCAGAUGAUAAAGCGGCGGUAUCUGGAGAAGCUGCCUCUCCAGGCCAACUUUUACCCGUUACCGGCGGCCGCAUACCUGCAAGACGAGCGUGCUAGAUUCACCGUACUCACUUCCACGCCGCUCGGAGUGGCAGCGUUACAGCCUGGAGAGAUACAGAUAAUGCAGGACCGGCGGCUGAGUCGCGACGACAACCGCGGCCUCAACCAGGGCAUCCUGGACAACGUGCGCGUGCGACACGCCUUCAGGGUGCUGUACGAGCCGGCCAAACCGUGCCAGCGGCCGGGCUCCGAUUACCCAUCGGGCUACCUGUCCGUGUCUGCAGGCGCGGCGUCCGCGGCGCUGCUGCAGCCCCUGCUGCUGCUGCACUACGAGGGCCGCCACCCGGUCACCCAUCCCAACAACGACUACAUCGACGCCGCCGAUAUUACCAUCGUGGCUGCGCGCACGCAUGCUGCUGCUAAGAACAAAGAUGGCGUCCAGAUCCAAGGGCUGGGGCUGACGUUCCAGCGCACGCAGUACGACGCGUGCUACGGCUCACCCGAUGCGGAUCGGAUGUAUGCACUCAGCGAUGGACAGAUAACCAUAUCGGACAUCGUGAACGUGAGCUCUCUUGGCGUGCUGGCCAGCUCGUUGACCUGGAACAGGGCGGGGGCCGAGCUCCAGGGCGCCGCCCUCACGCUGUGCCCCAUGGAGAUACGAUCCGUGUUCCUACCGCGGGGGAAACGCUAG